CUUUUUCAAUGGAUCAUCGAUUGUGGAAAUACGUCACACCAAAAACCGGAUGUAUACAAUUUACUGCCUCGAACAAGGCGAUUGGUUAGAAAGGACAAGCCCCCGAGUCCACGAGGUUUACUAAUAAGGAGACAUAACCAAAUAAAGAGCACCCAGCAAGAAGAAUCGGAAACCGGACGUUGGGAUGAGUGGACUGCCCCUCAGGAAUUUGUUGCGAAGCUGUGUCCCGCGGGCUUGUUCUGUCCGUCAGUACAACGGAGUCACCGGUGCGGCACCGGGGGUCAAGGACAAAAAUGACCACCCCCGAGUCUUAAUCACAGGGAGUCUAGGGCAGCUAGGAACUGGGCUUGCCAAAGUAAUGAGACAACGCUAUGGACAAAACAAUGUCAUUAUGUCCGAUAUUCUGAAGCCUCCACAGGAAAUAUUGGAAAGUGGUCCGUAUGUAUUUGCCGACAUUUUGGAUUUCAAGAAGCUGCAGGAGCUAAUAGUCAACUAUAACAUCGACUGGAUUAUUCACUUCAGUGCGCUACUCAGCGCCAUUGGAGAGAACAAUGUCCCAUUAGCCAUGCGUGUCAACAUCGAAGGUCUUCACAACGUGCUGGAACUGGCAAAACAGUACCGACUCAAAAUAUUUGUACCAAGUACCAUAGGAGCUUUUGGUCCCGACUCCCCACGUGAUCCCACCCCUGACCUGUGUAUACAGCGCCCCCGGACAAUUUACGGAGUCUCCAAAGUUCACGCCGAAUUGAUGGGCGAGUACUAUUAUCACAAAUUUGGCAUGGAUUUCCGUAGUUUAAGAUUCCCUGGUAUCAUAUCUGCCGACACAAAUCCUGGAGGCGGCACCACUGACUACGCCGUAAAGAUUUUUCACGAUGCCCUGAAAUCUGGACAUUUUAAGUGCUAUCUACGAGAGGACACCAUGCUUCCUAUGAUGUUCAUUGACGACUGUUUACGUUCGGUGGUUGAGUUUAUGGAGACACCCGAAUCAAAACUUAAAAUGAGAACGUAUAAUGUGACCGCCAUGAGUUUUACACCAGACGAGAUUGUAGAGGAAGUCCGAAAAUACGUUCCGGAACUAAAAGUGACGUAUGAAAUUGAUGGCCGACAAGCAAUUGCCGACACUUGGCCCAAACGUUUUGAUGACAGUAACGCGCGAGCUGACUGGGGGUGGAAACACACAAUGGAUCUCCCGCAAAUGUGCAAGGCCAUGUUUGAAUUCCUGGAUCCAUCCCAUCAAAAACAAAAGCAGAGAAUCAAAGCCUGAAACAACCCGGAGUGUGAAUAUCAUAAACUGAAUCUCACUGACAGCAAAAGAAUCUCAAGAAUUUUACACCAUACGAAAUACACUUUUUUUUUUAACUUUUCGUUUUUAAUGAAAUUAUAUGUCCAUUUUAAAGCAUAUAUUUUGGUUGUUUGUUGUUAUAUCACUUUGAGUUGUUAAAAAAGUAAUAUAAUUUA